UAUAAAUGCAGUCACAUGACAUGCCACAAUCGCAGCAGUACUUAUUGACACGAGCAUGUCACGUGCGGCGUUAACCUAUGAACAAUUUUAACCUAGUUUUAUCUUGAAAAUCUCAUUGGAGGUGGCGGCGCACUAUGGCAUUUCAUCCCUUAUAAAUACCCAAAUGUCCUCACUGUGUCAACUCACACAUCGCACCUUCAAUAAUCUACUAGACUGAUCUAGCUUUUAUUCUUCGUCCUAGGUUUUGUAUUUGUUUUGUUUGAAUUGAAUAAUUUGCUGAAGGGCUCUGUUGAUAAAAAAUCCUUCAGAUAUAGGAGGAGUAGUACAGUUUAUUGUCCAAAAGCAAGCAAGAAAGAGUUUGCAGAAAUUUGGUUGGAGAAAGACUUGAAGGAAUUCUCCUUGUGUUACAAAGAUAAGAAGAAACUCUCUAUGAGGAGGAUUGGCAAAAAUGAAGCCUGGAGCAACCAAUUUUGGCAGAAAGUACUUGAUGGCAGAGACCUCAUGUGAUUGCCAAAAUAAUUGGAGAAGCAGUUUGUAAUGCUGAGGAUGUCUUGGUGAAUGUGGAGCAAGAACCAUCGGACUUCCUCCGGGAUGCCCUUCUUCCUGUCAUGAAGGGUCUCAUAGCUGAAGCUCUGUUCAAACAUUGUAAUGAGGAUGUUAGAGUUACAGUGGCAUCUUGCCUCAGUGAGAUUCUGAGGAUAGCAUCACCGGUUCAACCAUAUAAUGACGAUCAAAUGAAGGAAAUUUUUCAACUGAUCGCGGAGGCUCUUUCAAAGCUAUCUCAACCGUCAACACGGUGUUAUGAGAAGGCCCUUUCCAUACUUGAAACCAUUGCAAGGGUCAAGGCAUGCCUGCUAAUGCUUGACCUUGAAUGCGAGGCACAAAUUCUUCAUAUGUGCCAACAUUUCUGGGUAUUUACUAGGUCAAAUCAGUCUGCUGAUGAAUGCUGGGCUGUGGAACAAAUAAUGGCCGACAUCCUCGCUGAAAGGGAUGAUAUCAGCUCAGAUCUUCUGAUCCGUCUCCUGGAUAGUGUGCUCAAGGAGAAUGAGAAAGUGCCACCUUCCAGUUGGAAAUUGGGAGAAAAACUGAUCUUGGAUUGUGCAGCAAAGCUGAGACCACUUAAGGGAGCACUUCAUUCAAUAGGCACCACUUUGGAUGAUUAUUCUUCUGUAGUGGCUUUGCUAUGCCAAAAUGAAUGUACUACAGUGAAUAAUGCUACUAGUGGUUCUCCUGAACACGGCAUCGCUGAUCUCCUAGGCUCCAAGGGUUCAAUACUUCCCAGAAAAAGGGAACCAAAACCCAAUUCACUCAUGAGACCUGAGGAAGGUUAUGUUCUUUCUUGGCUGUACAGAGAGGGUCAAACUACUGAACAGCGCCAUAAAAGAAGGAUCUCCAUGAGCAGAACUGAUCUUUCAGCUAUGCCCACAGUUUCUACAAUAAAUGUGGAGACUUUGCAAGGCGAGGCAGCUCUGCUCCCUGUUGAUCUUAGAGAUCAAAAAACGAAGCUGCCAACUGAAGGAGGAAAUGACACGAGUAAAGGCACCUCAAGGGUAUGA